AGUUGUAAAAAGUUGGCGUUGUGACUAUUGUGGCUCUAACUUGUGGGGGAUUAUUUUGUGCAUGCAGCCUUGACGGCGGAGGGACACAGCGGUGGGAUGGGCUGUGAGGUGUUCAAGAUGGCGGCGCCCUGUGGAGUGCAGCUACUCUAACAGAGGUGCCUGGAGACUGUAUUGGUGGGUGGCCCCAGGAGUCCUCCAGGCAGGCAGGGACGGACACCGCGAGAGAGACGCUGCCUCCACCUCCAGCACUGCCACCGCCAUGGCCAGGGAGCAGCCCAACGUGGGGGACCUCCUCCCUCUCCUUGAGACCUCCGACCUCCAGCAGCUAGAAGAGAUCAGAGGCCUCAUCAACGAGCAGCUCAGCACCGAGCGAGGGUCCAUGCUGCUCAACGGGCUGGUGGACUACUUCUUGGAAACCAACUCUGCCCAGGCCAUGCAUAUCCUCUCCUCAGUCAGAGAGCCACACGAUAAGCACCUUCUGGACAAGAUGAAUGAGUGUAUGACCAAACAGGCUUGCCGGCUGCCCACCCUCACCCUGCUCGGCCAUGUAAUCCGCAAGCAGCCGUCCUGGAUCCACAAGAUCGCUCGAUACCCUCUGCUGCUCUCGCUGCUCAAAUGCCUCAAGACGGAUACGGACGUAGUGGUGCUGAUAACUGGAGUGCUGGUGCUGAUCACUCUGCUACCCAUGAUCCCUCAAGCUGGGAAACAACACCUGUGGGAGUAUUUCGACAUCUUCGGCCGCCUGGCGUCUUGGAACCUGAAGAAUCCCGGGCACGUGUCAGAGGUUUACCUAAUCCACCUGCACGCCAGCGUCUACUCACUCUUCCAUCGUCUCUACGGCAUGUACCCCUGCAACUUUGUUUCCUACCUGCGCUCCCAUUACAGCAUGAAGGAGAACAUGGAAACUUUUGAGGAAGUAGUGAAGCCGAUGCUUGAACACGUUCGUAUUCACCCAGAGCUGGUGACGGGAACCAAGGACCACGAGCUGGACCCCACCAGGUGGAAAAAGUAUGAAAUCCACGAUAUCGUCAUCGAAUGUGCCAAAGUGUCUCUGGACCCCAAGGAGGCCUCCUGUGAGGAGGGCUACGCCAACAUGCCUGAGAAUUUCUACCCCCAAUUCCACCUGCGACCACAAGACUGCACUUCCAGCCCCUACACAGACCUCCACAGCAGCUACGGAAGCUCUUCUUCGACCCCAUUCUCGACUCCACGGCAGCCGCUACCCCCACCCCUGUCCUUGCCCCCCUUCUCAGGGACGCAGUCCUCCUCCCGCAGCCCACAGACCUCCAGACGGCAGAACUCCACCUGUGAACUCAACUCUUCCUGCGGAGGGAAGGACCCUCUGUGGAGCCCCUCCUCGUUGUGCGGCAUGGCGACGCCCCCUUCCUCCAGGGGCAUGUCGCCCAACUUCGAGCUCUCCCACAGUGCCUCACACCUUCCCAACCGCUUCCACAGCACAUCAGGAGGAAAAGGAACGCCUGCCUCCAGCACUCCAGCCACCUCUUCCCCACCUCCCUCCCUGUCAGAUGACUUCCCCAUAAUCUCCUUACCAGCCAACACAGUCCAGUCCAGUCCACCAAGGAAGGAACGGCGACAAGGAGAAAGCAGUAAGCCAGCCCUGGUGAGACAGGAGCCAGUGAAAGAUCCAGAGAAGAGUGCAGAAGCAGCCACAAACAGAGACGCUGGAGCCGCCGAGAACGUCUCCAUGACUUUGACAGAGCUGUCGGUCUUCAUGAAGAAACAGGAGCUGGAGCUUCAGCUGAGAACAGAGAAAGAGAGGGAAGAGGCUGCCUUCACAGAGGAGCUGCUGAAGAUCACCGAGGAUAAGCAGGAGCUGUCGGGUCUGAGGGGCUUCGACUCCCCUUUCUAUCACACCACUGAGACUUUGACUGGCUGUCAGGCACAAGAAAAGACCCUCACCAACACCCAGACUGGAGGGCCCGUCAGGGACACCCACCAUGUUGUAUCGACGCCAGACAAAGGGGAGACCACUGUGAAUACCAGCAGUGUUGGGAGUGAGAGAGGGGGAGGAGGAGACAGCAGGAGUUCAGCCCUCGGCCUCGAGCAGUCCUGGUCCUUCCAGUCGGGGUUCACCCCCAUCGACCACCACCUGCACCGGAGCCCCUCUGCCCCGGACGACGAGGUGUCCAAGUUCGGGAUGUUCUCCCCGAGCCCGUGCAGCAGCAAGACCCCGGCCCCGAUGCCCUACGAGGCGUUCUUCGACCUGGCUCUGCCCAGGGCGGCCUCGCUCUUCGUGGGCCAGAAGACGUCGGAGGCAGUGCACAAGGCGGCGAUGGAGCGGCUGUUGCAGCAGGAGGAGGGGCUGGAGGAUGGGGAGGAGGAAGGGGUCGUGUCUGCUUCCCCACUGGAGGUGCUGGAUCGCCUUGUUCAGCAGGGGAGCGACACCCACGACAAAGUUCUCAAGAGAUUACCGUUGCCCAGUAAGUCAGCUGACUGGACGCACUUUGGAGGCUCGGCUCCGCUGGACGAGCUUCACACGCUGCGCAGCCAGCUGCUCCUGCUGCACAACCAGCUGCUGUACGAGCGCUACAAGAGGGAGCAGCACGCCGUCCGCAACCGACGCCUCCUCCGACGCAUCAUCAACGCCACUGCGCUGGAGGAGCAGAACAACGCCAUGAAGGGCCAGCUGAACCUGCAGAGCGUGGACAUCGUGUCUCUGAGGGAGAGUCUGCAGGUGGAGCAGCAGCGGUACAGACAGCUGUGGGACGACCGGGAGACGGUGGUGACCAGGCUGCACAGUCAGAUCAGACAGCUGCAGCAGGGACGAGAUGACUACUACACCAAGAACCAGGAGCUCCAGAGCAAGGUGCAGGAGUGUCAGAAAAGGAUGGAUGAACUGGAGGCGGAGCUUCAGAGGGCCAACAACAAAGUGUGCCACACCGGUCACCUCCUCAACCAGAUGACCAUCAAGCUGAGCAACAGCGAGAGCACCCAGCAGCAGAUGAGCUUCCUGAACAAGCAGCUGCUGCUCCUCGGGGAGGCACAUAAGCUGUCCAUGCAGGAGUUGCACCACGCAGGUGCCGAUAAUACAAAGGAGGCCCAGAUGCUGAAGGUGUCUUAUGGGAAAGAGGUGGAGACGCUGAGGCAGAGCCUUCUGGUUCAGGGUCAGAAACUGGAGGCAGCGCAGCAGAGAGUCGCCGAGCUGGAGACGCACCUCUCCAAGAAGGAACACCUCAUAGCCGAACAGAAGAAGUUCCUCGAGGAUGUGAAAUGUCAAGCGAAGGCGGAGCUGCAGGCCUCAGACAGCAGGUAUCAGGCUCAGAGGAGGAUCACUCAGCUGCUGCAGACUGAACUCUUGCAGCUCUACAGCAGAGUGGAGAUGGAGGCUCCCGCCAGCACCAUCACCAGUUCACCACCAGGGGGCAGAGUUGAACCACACACUCGUGCAGACUCCAGUGUCAUGGUGCCAGAUGGACAAAGUAAACAUCACACCAACGAGGAGGUGGACAGUAGACCACCACGCGACUCCCCUCGGGGCAACGGCAGCACUUUAUCGCCACGGCAACCAAAGCCGAGCAACUCUUCCAAGUCAACAGCCAACUCCAUCAACGGCAGCCAGGAUCUGGCCCCGCCCCUGCUGGUGGAGCCCUCCCCGUCCUGUCCCUACUCCAACUCUCUCGCACCCGUGCCCCCCUCCGACGCGCCGCUCACCGUGGGCUCCUACCCCAGCGCCAAGAGCUUCCUGGGCAUGAGGGCACGCGAGCUGUUCCGCAACAAGAGCGAGAGCCAGUGCGACGAGGAGCAACCGCCGACGCGUCUGGCCGGCCUCGCCCACGGCCUGAAGACUGAGCUGUGUGUGGAGCCGCCCUGCCCGGGUUAUAUCGUCCCCGUCGGCCCAGCACCUCCCCCCAUCCCGACUCCGCCCCUCCCCGCCCCAGCUCUCGCCCCCGUCGCUCCUCUCACUGUGCCCACCAAGGAGCCCCCCUCUGAGCCCAAGCAGCGGGCCUCCAGCCAGGAAAGUCCCCGCAGGAAGGCAGGGGCAGGGUCGGGUGGAGGGCGGGGUCAGGCGGGUUCAGGGCGUCCCCGGCAGCAGCAGCUAAAGAUCAUGGACUAUAACGAAACACAUCACGAGCACAGUUAGAGACACAGAACUGAGCCGGGACGCAGGGCGGAGAUUGAGAGACUGAAGUUCAACGAUGGAGAAGAGCUACAAAUCAGCAGAAGAGUAACAUGUCAGCAACUCUUUGGAAUUCAGUGUUAUUUGUUCCAUUCCUCUGAGUGGACAACAGGAUUUCCCACAAUGUUUUUCUACUUUAUUUUUUUUUUUCCUUUUUUUAUACUGAGUCAUUCCCCUUAAGAAUUUUGACAAGGUGACCGGGAUACAAAGUCGAUGUGUUGUUACCAGUGGAGAUGCUAGUCUUAUGAUUUUGGUUAUGAGACAAAGACGCUCAAAGAUAUGCCGACAGACAGUGAUCGAAGUUAUCAGUCACUUACUCGUGACACUGUUAUUAAUAACUUACACGUGACAUCGUUAUCAAUCACUGACGUGU